AUGAUAACCAAGCGCAGAUCCAAGAACAAGAGCAGAUCGAAGAACAAGCGCAGCCAGAUCAAGCUGAUGCAGAGCAAGCCGAGGCACCACAGUCCGCCGCGAAAAACUCGUCGCGCUCAUUCCCGAGCGCCAGUCACCAUCAACCAGUACAUUCAGCGCGGAGGAAGAACUCUUUCCAGCGAAGACAUCGGUUCUUCGAAAAACAAAACCCAAACUGAGGUGAAUCUAGAAGCCGCAAAGAGUGUGAACCAGAGCAUUUGCGGCGAAAUCAUCACACCAGCGGCGCAGUAUCUAGAUGAGCUACAGUUUUAUGAGGACUCGCGAUCACGACAUCGGGAAUACAAUGAGACGCAAUUCUUGCUCGGAAUGAAUUCUCGAAUGAGAGGAACUUCUGCAGCACGGACUCCUCCUCAGCAGUAUUCUCCUCAGCAAUUCCGUCCUCAAGAAUUUCAUCACCAGGCGUAUCAACCUCGGCAAUACCAUCCUGGCCACCAUCAUCCUCAGCAAUUCUACCCUCAGCAGUACCAUCCUCAAGCCUACUAUCCUCAAGGAUAUCAGCCUCAUCCCUACCCUCAGCAAAGCGCAUAUGAUCCUUUUGUCGACGGAAAUGGACUUAACCGACAAUCUUCUUCUCAAAACUUUGAUAUGAGCGAGCAUUGCCAGCGCAGAAAUUUGGAAUCAAUGACUUCUAACUUGUCUCCCAUCAGAUCUUCUUGGAACCGCGAGUACAGAAACAGGAGCAACGAAACCUUCACUAGAGCUCCUGAUGAGAGUGCGAUGUCUUUUCUCCAGGCACUGUCCAUCAACCACGAUGACAGUAUCGAGGUGAAGAAGAUGAAAAUCGCUGGCGGGAAGUUGAUAAAGCACAUCAAGUCCCAAGGAAGCGACAAUGAGUGGAAGCUAAAAGCGGAAAUGGAAAAUGAAGAGUUCCAAACACUUGGAUCUCCAGAAACCCAACCUUUUGAUGGUAGUCCAGUUGUACCGACUCGCCGAAAGAUUUUGAAAAAGAAGUCGAGUUCGAAACGGCGAGAAAGAAGUCACGCGGACAUCUUCAAGAAGGCGCAAAGUUUUGAAAUCAACGAAGAAAGCGCGCCUGCGCAAACUUCAAACCAAUACCUAAUGAACCCGGUGGAUACUGCAGCUUCAAAACCGUCGGAUACACUUGCAAGCUUCGAUCAUUCGAAUCCACUGAAUUUUUCAUUGGAAGAACACAGUGCUCCGGUCAAUCUUCUAGGAGAUGAACUGGUUGAUUCAAAGGGACCCGAAGAAAGAAGAAAUGAUCGACGAAGAAGUGACGAGUUUUUAGUUCCAAAAUCGACUCAGAAUUCGCGCAAAUCGCAGCAAGUCAGCGUGAUCACUUCGCAGACCCUCUUUCCAGAAAACUCUGCUCCCUCAAUCAAGACCUCGUCACAAAAACCGGCCAAGAAACGAUCAGGACAACUGAAACCAGUUUACCUAAAAAGAAAAUCAUCUGGCCACUCAAUGAAGAAGAAGAUCGCAUCAGAAAGUCCGAAAAAAGAGUCAGGCGCCAAGGUCGAAAAGAAUCGCGAAUUACAAUUCGAGAAAUUUCCGUCGAUCGAGGAAAUUUUAAACGGGGCGACACUGGAUCAAUCCAUUAUUUCCAGCGCAAUCGAAAGUACAGAUUCAGAAGAAAAAAAUAUUCAGGAUAUCGCCGCUAAUUCCACGCAGCAGCCGGACAGCAGCCUCCUCUUCCCCAUUGACGACGACGACAAGCCACGCAAACAAUACAUCGGCGCCUUCAAUCCACUCGCCGACGAAAGCUUCAACACGACCAUCAAUAGGACGCAAGAUGAAGCCAGGUUGUCGAGAGAAAAUGACAAGCCAUGGUCUGCGCAGCGCAAACCAGGAGACACGAUCAUCAAGCCAAAGCGUCUUCGACGAGGGGGCUCCUCGAGAAUGAGUGGCCGGGAUAGUGGAUCUCGCGCUGUUUCGCCGGUUAAAUUCGUCGGUGCAGAGCGGAUUUCCAAGAAGAAAACCAGCACCAGUACUUUGAAAAAUGAGAGCAGAACUAAAGAAGCCACAAGUCAACUUCGAUUCCACAGAGACUCUUCUGACGAGGACGACGUCAUCAUUCUCAAAGCUGAUGAAUAUUUCAGUCAGCUUUCGAAAGAGUCAGUCGCUGCUUCGUCACAAUCGCCAUCUUCGGCUUUGCCAAGUCCUAUUCCUGUUUUUCCAUCAACCAGCAAUUCUGAAGACAUACCAAGCACAAGCACGAGCAAUGACGAGUCGCAGUCGAAAAGAAGAGGGUCAAGAAGAGCUCGUAAAACAACUCGGCCACCCUAUUUUUCCAAGAUUCCAUUUGCAAUCACACAGGGCAGCGAGAUCCCUCUUCCGAAGCCGAUGAAAACUGCGAACAACAAGAAAAAAUCGGCUUCUAAUUUGCGCGAUACACGGUCAGAGACAACCUCGACAUCAACAGAGCCAGCUGCACCAUCGAAUCAACCAGAAAACACACCUCGGGUCGUGAGGACCAACGUCAUCCGAAACUACGACAGUACAGCGUCUCAUGCUUCUUCUUCCAACGGGAAAAAGAAACGAAGAAUCGGAAUAAUUAAGCUCCACGGCCGCAAUUGGAAUGGUAAGGAGUGGAAGAGUGAGGUUCUCCAAGCCGAAGGAACGUGGGUCGAAUGUGUCGAGUGCAAAAAGUGGCGCUAUCUCAAAGAAUGCACAGACCCUGCGUUAUUGCCAGACUACUGGAUUUGCGAAAUGAACCCUGAUCCCCGCAAAAAAUACAACCACUGCUCGAAACCUGAGGAAAAGCCUGACCAUCCGGGCGGGUCAAAAUACUGGAUUUACUCGGAUAUUCGACUAACAGUUGGCUCCAUUGUUUGGAUUGGAAUUCAUGCUCCAGGAUUACCAUGGCCUGCUAUGGGUUUUUGGUCUGAAAAAAUUGAAAUUGACCAAGAAAGGGGCGAGUUUAUGCGAAACAAUGGCGACCACGACAGCGUUCACGUGACGAUGAUGCCUUGCGAGCUCGGCAAAUUCCAGCGGCCGAUCAACAAAUGGGUGCCUACUUACGACAUGACGCCUUUUGUCGAUUACGGUCCAGACUAUGUAAGGCACUAUUUGCUGCAAGAAUCGAAGACAGUCCGCGACAGGUGGCGCGCGGCUUUUCUCUUCGCGAAGCAUGCGAACAUGGAGGAAAAUGCAGCACUUCGUUCAGAAAAAUACGGCCUCGAGUUUCAAAUCAUGAAAUGGUCGCAAGACGAAGCUCAGCCGGGAAAGAGCGCGAAGUACACGUCUAACGAAGCCGCCAUCGCCAACAUUGAGAAAAGUCUCAAAAUUGGAAAGAAGAAGAAGAAUAAGAAGUCCAAAAAAUAG